UUUUCGCAGGAGUAACGCCUCCUUGCUUUUUAAUUUAUUUCGGGGCGGAUAUAUGAGCAUGUCUAUCUAUUCAUCUCUUUCUGUUCUCCCCUUCUGCUCCAACUCCCCUAACCUCCAACGUUGCCGUUCUCAUCUUCUACCUUCCACUUCUCUCCUUACACCCUCCAAUUACUCCACUACGAGGCCUUCGAUUACUACUCAGAACUUACUUUCCAAAAAUCGCAAAGUGGACAUCAUUUGCUGCUGCUCGAUGCCUGUCGUGCAGGUUUCAUCGCCACAGUUGCAGGGUCUUUUAUCAUGCUCCAGAGCACUCUGGGUUACAAGAUCUUUAAUUGCGUGGAAUGUGGACGUUGGAAACGGUUCUUGCUAUCUAUACGCCAGUAGAACUGCGGACUUAGUUCUUACAGACGACGGUGUUCAAGGUGAGGAUGUGGUGAUUAAUCUCGAAGAGGACAGUGGUGGACUCCCAUUAAAUGUAAUAGAGAAGUUCCCCCACAUCUGUAACUAUAGAGCUUUUAAAGUCCCAUCAACUGUGGAUGUGAAGAGCCUCCUCAAAUGCCAGUUAGCAGUUGCCCCUUUUCAUGCUGAUGGGCAAUGCAUCAGUGCUACUGGUUUACAGUUACCUGGUGUUUUAGAUGAUUUAUUCGCAUACAGUGGUCCACUUGGUGCUGUUUUCACAGAAGAAGCUGUGUCACUUUACCUUUGGGCUCCUACUGCUCAAGUAGUACGUGCUUGCAUCUAUAGUGAUCCAUCAGGUGGUACUCCCUUGGAGAGUGUCCUGCUAGAGGAGGACAAUGGCGUUUGGAGUGUGAAUGGACCAAGAACUUGGGAAGGCUGUUAUUAUGUCUAUGAAGUCUCUGUCUAUCAUCCUAGCACUUUGCAAAUUGAAAUGUGCACAACAAAUGAUCCAUAUGCAAGAGGGCUGUCAUCGGAUGGCAUGCGGACAUUGUUGGUCAAUCUUGAUUGUGAUACUUUAAAACCAGAGGGGUGGGAUGAAUUGGCAGAUGAGAAAUCUAUUCUUUCUUCUUUUUCUGACAUCAGUAUUUAUGAGUUGCACAUAAGAGAUUUCAGUGCCAGCGAUCAGACUGUGAGACCUGAUUUCCGUGGUGGUUAUCUUGCUUUCACCUCUCAGGAUUCUGCAGGCAUACGUCACCUAAAGACGUUAUCAGCUGCCGGUCUAACUCAUGUUCAUCUGUUGCCAACAUUCCAGUUUGGUGGUGUUGAUGAUGAGAAGGAGAAAUGGGAGUAUGCAGACACCAAUAAGCUGGCGACAUUGCCCCCAGAUUCAGAUGAGCAACAGGCUCAAGUCACUGCCAUUCAAGACAAAGAUGGGUACAACUGGGGGUACAAUCCUGUUCUUUGGGGGGUCCCAAAAGGAAGUUAUGCAAGCAACCCAAAUGGUUCAAGCCGUACUCUUGAGUUCCGAAAGAUGGUUCAGGCUCUUAACCGCAUUGGUCUUCGUGUUGUGCUGGAUGUUGUCUAUAACCAUUUGCAUGGAAGUGGGCCACUUGAUGAUAACUCUGUGCUAGACAAGGUUGUUCCAGGUUACUAUCUAAGGAGGGACAGAGAUGGAUUUAUUGAGCAUAGCGCAUGCGAAAAUAAUACUGCUAAUGAACAUUUUAUGGUAGAACGCUUGAUUCUUGAUGAUCUUCUAUGCUGGGCUGUCAAUUAUAAGGUUGAUGGUUUCCGGUUCGACCUCAUGGGUCAUUUAAUGAAAAGUACCAUGGUGAAGGCCAAAAGUUCUCUCCAAAGUCUAUCAAAGGAAAAGAAUGGAACAGAUGGUUCUAAAAUCUACCUAUAUGGUGAAGGAUGGGAUUUUGGUGAGGUUGCAAAAAAUGGGCGUGGGAUAAAUGCAUCACAAUUCAAUCUUCAUGGGACUGGCAUUGGGAGCUUUAAUGAUCGAAUACGAGAUGCAGUUCUUGGUGGAUCUCCAUUCGGUCAUCCUCUUCAACAAGGUUUUAUUACUGGUCUUUCUUUGCAGCCUAAUGCACAAGACCACGGUUCCAAAACUGCCAUGGACCAAAUGCUUGCAGUAUCAAAGGAUCACAUCCAGGUCGCGAUGGCUGCGAACUUGAGGGACUUCGUCUUAACCAGUCGUAAUGGUGAAGAGGUGAAAGGAUCUGAAGUUUUAACGCAUGAUGGGUUACCAGUUGGAUAUGCUUCUUGCCCCACCGAAACAAUUAAUUACGUGUCAGCUCAUGACAAUGAAACUCUGUUUGAUAUCGUGUGUUUGAAGACCCCAAUGGAAAUUUCUGUGGAUGAUAGAUGCAGGAUAAAUCAUUUGGCGACCAGUAUUGUAGCACUUUCACAGGGCAUUCCAUUUUUUCAUUCUGGUGAUGAGAUUUUACGCUCGAAAUCACUUGAUCGUGACUCAUAUAAUUCGGGUGAUUGGUUCAACAGACUAGACUUCAGCUAUGAAACAAACAAUUGGGGUGUUGGUCUUCCUCCUAAGGGAAAAAAUGAGAAGAACUGGCCACUGAUUAAAACACGUCUGGCAGAUCCAUCCUUUAAGCCUAAAAAAAGUCACAUAGUUGCUGCAGUAGAAAAUUUUUCUAACAUUUUAAGGAUUAGGUACUCUUCCCCACUUCUCCGUUUGAGGACAGCAAAUGCCAUCCAGCAAAGGGUACGGUUCCAUAAUACUGGUCCCUCAUGGGUCCCUGGGGUUAUUGUGAUGAGCAUCGAGGAUGGCCAUGAUGGCAUGCCUGGUUUAGCUCAAUUAGAUCCCAUCUACUCCUAUAUUGUUGUAGUUUUCAAUGCCUGCCCAACUGAAGUAACAGCUGCAAUCCCUGCACUGCAGUCGAGAACUCUUCAACUGCACCCAGUACAGUUGAUGUCAACUGAUAAGCUAGUCAAGAGUUCUAAAUAUGAAGCCUCCUCUGGGACUUUUAAUGUGCCAUCAAGGACGACAUCGGUGUUUGUUGAACCUCGGGGCAUAUAAUUGUUGCUCUAUCAGCUGGAAAAACUUCAGAAUCAGAAUCAGGAAUAGCACUCAGAGGUUAUCCCAUCUGUUUGUCUGAGAGGUGGAUGUACAAUAAAGAAAGGGACUUCAUCCAAAAGCUGAUCUUAUUAUGGAUCAGUUAUGUUGUUCAGUUUUACCCGCUGACAGAAAACUCGUUCUAUGUAUAGCAUCACAAUGAAUAAAUUUUUUAGCGAUUCUACAUGAUAAGAAAAAGCAGAGUUUGUUGAUAUUCCUUUUAGGGUUUGAGUGGAAAAGAUUCAACCAGACCAAAAUGUUACAGAGAUGAACAGUACCCUAUUCUAUUGGAUUGGAGCCACCAUAUAUUAGGAUCCUGAAUUUCACAAACCUCUGCUGACUUGUCAACUAGAUUGCUUCAAGAUAUUGCAACUGACCAGCCAUGGAGAUUGGACAUGAUCUGGAGAUCCUCGGUUGUUAAAGAUUAAGCAGCCUACUGUGUAUUUCACUCUUUUUUGCAUUCAGUAUUUCCACCAAGACCUAAUCAUCAUUGUGUAAAGAGAUCUUAUAAUAAAUUAAGAGUGUACUGGGUUUUGGGCAGAUGAUGGAAGGUGAUGAACUAGGAUCUUGAAGUGUUUUCUUUCCCAGAUUCUCAUCAACCAUCCUCACUGGUAUAAGCAAGAAUAAUGAUAUUCUUUUGUU